GUUUCUGCUCUCCACCUACAGAUGCGACAAACGUAAUCUUUCCAAUAUGAGUUCGUUCUCCUCGAGAAGAAAGGCGCGUGUUAUAAAAGUCGACGAUGACGACGAGACUGGUCUUGGCAACCCUGCCACUGCCGCCGCUGGAGACGAAUCGUUGAAGAAGCCAGUUGGCUCCUCAGAACCAACCCCGACGGCAAAAUUCACGAAGAAGCCAUUCCGACAGUCCGGUCUACGGAAAAGUAUCAACAUUAGCGAAGAUGCAGACGAGACCCCCGGUGAUGCCUCCACGAGCAAGGGGACAAGCAACGCCGAGGAUGAAGACCACGGCCCUGUGGUUGUACGUCCAUCUGUAGGCCGGAAAAAGCGCUCUUCCUCAUCCAGGCUAGCCUUUGGCCGAAACCGACACUCCAGCGACGGCGACGGCGACGGCGACGGCGACAGCGCAUCCUCUACUGUUGCCCCAAAGAGGACGACGACCCUCAGCCAACAGGCCCUAGAGAACAACGCCGUAAAAAAGGCCCCCCUCUUCACCCAGCGCCUGCCGCUACGACGUUUCGAAAACGACGACGACGACGACGACGGCCGGCCGAGGUACAGCAAAGAAUCCUUGGCCGAAUUGCAAAACUCGACCCCGCAAAGGCCGCAAGGCGAACCCGUGUCGUUGUCGUCGUUGUCGUUGUCGUUGUCGUCGUCGUCGCAACACGGCCAGACCCAGACCGCCGACGACGAAAUGGAACUCGACCCCUCCGAACUCGAAGGCGCCGUCAUCGUCCACGAAAGCGAACUCGGCCGCGUCCCCGCCCCCGCCCCGACCGCCGCCAGCAAGACCACCAUCCUCACCGACGCCGAGAUCCAAGAACGGAAACAGCGCCGCGCCCGCCUCGCGCUGGAGGAGGAACAAGAAGAAGAGCCAGACGACUUCAUCUCCCUCGAAGACGAAUACCCAGACGACCCCCUCGCCUCCGCACGGAGGAGAAAGAAACAGCAAGCCGACAACAACAACAACAACUCGCGCCUCGUGCCCGAAGACGAAGACCUCGGCGAAGGCUUCGACGACUUCGUCGAGGACGGCGGCCUCUCGCUGGGCAAGAAAGCCGAGCGCGAGGCCCGGGACCGGCGGAGGCGCGAGAUGGCCGAGCGCAUCCAGGAGGCCGAGGGCAAUUCCGAAGAGGACUCGGACGACAGCGAGGCCGAGCGGCGGGCCGCGUUCGAGGCCGCCCAGACCCGCAGUGGCAUGGACGGCCUCGCCAAGCCCCGGGUCGGCCUCGCGGCGGGGCCGGGCCGGCCUGACGAGGCGCUCCUCCAGCCUCCGUCCAGGAUCACGCCGCUGCCCGAGUUGGAAGGCUGUCUGGACGGUCUAAGGGUGGCGCUGCAGAACAAGGAGGUCGAGUUGAGGGAGAAACGGGCCCGUGUGGCGGAGCUCAAGGACGAGAGGGCCGCCAUUCUGCAGAGGGAGGGGGAGGUGCAGAGCUUGCUGGAUGAGGCGGGGAGGAAAUAUCACGCUGCGCUCGGUGGACGGGGUGCUACCGUGACCCUUCCGGGGACUGUGGAGGCGGGGGUGUCUCCGGCCAGACAGAUUCAGAGUGUAGGGUUGAGCGAGCUGGCUGUGGAGAGGGGGUUGGAAAGUUUCGGGACGACCCCGAAUCGGCGGUCUGACGUAGGCGAGGAGGCGUGA